CGUUGGUUUUUGAACUUCAGUUGAUUCGAUGCAUGUCAAUAUUGAGACGUUUUGAAUUUCAAUUUUGCGCUGAACGCGAUUUACGACAUCUGUCAAAUGAAACUCCGUAUUCGAGUGGUGUGAACUGUGAAUGUGAUUUCCAGAUUUUUGUGUAUAUUUCGCAUAUUUAUAGUGUUUUUAUGUGAACGAGCUAAAUACUAAAUACAUAAUGCCUAUACGUUGAUCUCUGUGAGUUUUCGUGCGAUGCUAUAAAACUUUGAUUAUAAUGAAAGGAAUUUGUAGUGUUGUUGUGGUUUGUGAAUAGUUACGGCUGUAGGAUCGGUACAUUAGCCUUUGUGGAUUAAAAAUAAGCACAAUUCCGUUCCUACCGCCAUGUUCAACUUUAUGAAAAAAUCCAAUGUCCUAACUGGUGACUCCGGUGGUUAUGAAGAACGAGAUGGAGAAAAGGAGAGGCGGAAAAAGGAGAAGAAGGAAAGAAAGGAGCGGGAGAAACGGGAGCGGAUAGCUGCCGGACUGGAGGAACCCCUAAGACUGGAAGAGGUUCGAAGAUCGCUCAAGUUACGGGGGCGACGCAAAGAAAAAGAGAAGCUACCUUCCGGUAUUACAGCUGAUUAUACCGCCUCACUAUUCGCUCAUCUCGAACACGACUCCAAUUAUUCCAACUAUCCGCUAAUCACUACCUCGGGAUCUAAUUCCAACCUCAGUGACGAAAAUAACCAUUUAUCGCCUGGAUAUCCAACUAAGAGUUGGAACAAAAAGGAAGGAGUACUCCAGUCGGAUAGUUCAGAAACGUCUCUUAACUCUCUAAAUAAUCCAAAUAAUGUAAAUAGUAGUCCUCGGCAAGCACCAAAUCUACCUCCAAUACCACCGCGCCCACCAAAACGGGGAAUAUUGAAAGGUACUCGUUUAAGCAACACUAGUUCUAAUUCUCAAGAAAGCAACGUCCAAAGUUCUGAUACCAUCGACUUCGUCAACGGUCAAGACCCAAAUGUGCUAGCGCGGAAUACGCAGCAGAAUGAAGUUAUAUCUUAUGGUCUCCAUCCAUCCAAGAGCACUUCGUCGAGUGAUGAUAUGCAGCAAAUACAAAAUUUCACCAAAAAAGUCAUUCAUAGCCCUGUUGAAAACCAGUACAAAAACUAUAAAAAUAACACAAAUUCGUCGAUUAAAACUAACGAUAUCGAUGAGACACCAAAGACAAAUGGAAAUAGUUAUUUAGGAGUUACCUCUACAUCUCCCAGCGCGGACUCCUUAACGGAUACCACUACGAACUCUUCAUUCGCUACUCCUCCAUUUUCGACUUCGCCUGUGGGUGAAUCUCAAGGUUUUCAUAGAUGGUCUAGGACGAGCACAUUUGACGAUGUUUAUUUACCCCUGCCGUCGUUAACUCCUUUACCACUGCCGAAACCAAGGAUCUUGACUAUACAGCGUCAAAAAGCGCCUAGAAAUGACUUCGGGUUUAGUCUUCGGCGAGCGAUGGUUCAAGAGAGAAUAUUUAUUGGAGACAUGAAAGACUUGACGGGAUACGAAGAAAAUGGUUUGCCUAAUGGCGAUAACAAAUAUAAUGGAACGAAUGUUAUGAUUAGUAAAUUGAAUUACAAAGCGGUGAUAUUGGCUGAACCUGGUUCGUAUCCGGGAGCUAGUGAAACUGGCUUAUUACCAGGUGAUAGACUAAUUGAAGUUAACGGAGUCAACGUAGAAGGAAAAAGUAGAGAGGAAGUGAUAGAUCUUAUAAAGAGCAGUCAAGAAUUCGUGAACAUUAAGGUGCAACCAAUAGCGGAAUUAUGCGAACUGUCCCGAAGACGCGCAGCUGACGGGGGUGUUGAGGUGGAACUGUCGGAUAGCAACGUAAGAGGAGGCACCCUGAGUCGAUCGGGGAGUCGAAGAUUCACCAGUGCACAGGCAAAAUCUGAGGAGCAGUUGGCUUGUGAAAAGGAAUGGCUCCAAGCAGGUCACAUGUGGUUGGCCCAUCGAGGCGGCUUCACCGCGGUUGUAAGAGAAGGCGACGCGGACGCAGGCAGAGCCAAAGUACGAGUGCUGCAGACUGGGGAGGUGAUCACCGUUGAUGAAGAUGAUUUAGAGAAGGCGAAUCCACCUCAGCUGGAGCGCUGUGAAGACAUCGCAUCUCUACGCUGCUUGAACGAAUGUGGUGCUCUUCACGUCCUGAGGUCACGCUUCGCCGCCGCCUUGCCUCAUGCUCGCGCCGGACAUGCCCUGCUGGUCCUCGGACCACCGAGGCGUACCACCCCUGUUUAUACGGAAAAGGUUGCGGCUAUGUUCCGAGGUUGCCGCGUGGACGACAUGCCGCCACACGUGUUCGCCGCUGCGCAGUCGGCCCACCGCUGCAUGCUGGCUUCAAGGCGAGACCGCGCUAUAGUGUUCCUGGGAAGAUCUGGCUCAGGCAAAACGUCAGCAAUGAGACACAGCGUGUGGUACCUAGCAAGUGCAUACCCCGCACAAGGAUCAAAACUGACUCCAGAACGUUUGGAUGCAGCAUUAGACGUACUACACGCCUUCGGCUCUAGUCGGACGGGCUCAAAUCCGCACGCUUCCCGAUUCGUGUCCCUAACAUCGCUAGACUUUGACGGAGGCGGCGCUCUAGUGUCGGCGUCCGUGCAGAUCUUAUUGCCAGAUUUAAAGCCAGAUCAGACUGCCCUACGAGCUCUGCAUACAUUAUUCCACGGAUGCGAUGGCCGUCUCCGUCGAGAGUUGCUUCUGGAUCAGGCGCCAAUAAACUCCCCAAACCUCUACGUAGGUUCCACCGAGAAGGCCGACGCGCCGGCAGAAUUCUCCGCUCUCAAAGACGCUUUACAACACUUGGCUGUGACUGAACAAGAACAAAUGGCUAUUUGGAAGAUCCUAGCUGCUAUAUGCCAUUUGGGGUGGGCUGGAGUUGUGAGAGCAAAUACAGGAUCAGGCCUGAAGUAUCAAUUUGCAAACGGCGGGUGUGCGAGCCGCGCGGCGCGCUUGCUCGGCGUCGGCGCGGAGGAGAUUGCUCGCGCUAUAUUCACGCCUCCCACCCCGCCUUCACCGCAACCCAAUACUGCGCCGAGAACGCCAUCGCCCUCAAAUGAGAAAGAAGCACCAGGAUCGGAGGCACUCGAUGCCUUCGUGGCUGGACUAUACAAUGAAACCUUUAAUAUUGUCGCUGCUCUAGUCAACAGAAGUCUAUCAACGUCAGCCAGAACGUCGGCGUCCAUUCUGCUGUUGGACACCCCCGGCGCGGACAACCCCAUGUGUGCCGGACAACAGAGCGGCGCCCCGCUGUCCAAACUGUUGUCCAACUACUUACAGGAACGUUUGCAAGGGGUGUUUCACGAAGCAAUGUUGGUAGCGCCGCGGGAGCGAUACGCGCAAGAGGGCAUCACACUCGAUGACGGAGCAGAAGAAGAUUGGCUAUCGGAAACAGUGAAUCCGGGCCCAAUGGUGGACUUGUUAGACAAAGCCCCACAGAACACUAUCGUGCGCAGUUCGCAAGCGGACUUGCGGGAUUGCGAUCGACGGGGAUUGCUAUGGUUACUAGACGAGGAGUCAAUGUAUCCUGGAUCCUCAGAUGACACGUUUCUAGAGCGCGUGAUGACUCACUAUGGCGCUCCGCACCAAACACACUACCUCAUAAAGAAGGCACCACAUAAUAGGCAGUUCAUACUGCAGCAUUUACAGGGCACUAAUCCUGUGUUAUAUGACGUCAGCGGAUGGGUAAAGGCAAGCCGCGAGAACCCUGUCACGAAGAAGACUCACACGCUACUGCAGGAAAGCCAAAAUGAAGACAUAGGGCGGUUGUCGUCGUGGUCGCGCGGCGCGUGCGGCGUGGGCGCGUGGUCGGCCGCGGUGGGCGACGCCUCCACCCUGCGCCGCGCCUCCUCCAUACGCAGAACGCUUACUACUGGCGAUGCGUCACCGUUUUGCCGAGCCUCAAUAAUUCGGCGAUCUCUUAAUUCUGGCACAGCAGGCAUGAAAAGGCGUUCAACGGCCUUGCAAGCGAAAUUCGUAGCGGACGGUAUAGUGGACACGCUGCGCCGCUGUGGCGCCGGCGGCGUGCAGUUCGUGUGCUGCCUCGUCACCAACCAGCUCAACGAAUCCCAGGACGACGUCAACAUUCCACUGCUGCGCUCUCAGUUCCGUGGUUUCCAAUUACUCGACGCGGCGAGGUUGUAUAAACAAGGAUUCCCUGAACACAUGCCGCUAUCUGAAUUUGCUAGAAGAUAUCGACUCCUAGCGACAUCAGAGAGCGAAACUACCGACACAUCGCAAACUACUACGAUAUCGGACCGACAAAUCGUCGACGACAUGCUUUUGGCAUUAGACUUGGACGUCACGAGCUACCGACUUGGGCUUUCUCAAAUCAUGUUCCGCGGCGGCGUGGUGGGCGAACUGGACGCGCGCCGCGACGCCGCGCUCGCCCGCGUACUGGUACGACUGCAGGCAAGGGCGAGGGGCCUGCUCGCGCGUCGCCGUGCCCAGCGCUUGCGUACCCAACACACUGCGGCGAGAUGCGUCCAGCGCAACGUGCGAGCGUUCCUGGCGGUGCGCGAUUGGCCGUGGUGGAGACUGCUGGUGCGAGUCACGCCGCUGCUGGCGGUGCACCGCACGGAGCACCGACUCAAGCAGGCACAGGACGAGUUGGAGACCCUGCGGUCAAAAUUGGAAAAAGUUGAAGGCGAACGAACACAUUACAAAAACGAGACGGAAAAACUCGAAACUAAGCUAUCCGAAGUCGGCGGUGAGUUAGCAGAGGAACGGGCGGCGGCUGCGCUGGCGACAGAGCGAGCUGAUGCCGAGGCUGCUGAACGGCUUCGUGUAGAGAGGGACAACAGAGAGUUCCUGGCUAACAACCAACGAUUGCAACAGGCAUCAGAGCGUCUAGAACUUGAGCUGUUACACUGGCGAUCAGCAGAGAACGGCGGUGCCGAGCCCUCGGACUCGGAAGGCUCGGAGGCGGACGGUGUGAGCAGCGGGGAGAAGUACAAGAGACGAUUCGAACGAGCGCACCGCGAGCUGCAACUGCUGCGCGCGCAGCUGCGGAGACAGCAUGAGGACGACCUGGAGCAACUGGUCAGCGUCAAGAAACAACUUGAAAAGAAGGUGCAAGAUGCGUAUGAAGAAGUGGAGGAGCAGCGCGCGGUGGCGGCGCAGUGGAAACGCAAGCUGCAGAAACUCACCAACGACAUGGCCGAUCUACGCUCCUUGCUGGACGAACAGACUUGUCGCAACAAUCUGCUAGAGAAACGCCAGCGCAAGUUCGAUGCAGAGCUUCACAGUGCACAGGACGAGCUGAAGAGAGAGCGCGCGGCCAAAGACCGGCUUUCGCGCGAACGAGACCAGGCACAUGCCGAGAAAUACGCGCUGGAGCAGAGUCUCUCUGAAGCUCGCAUGGAACUUGAGCUGAAGGAGGAGCGCCUAGCGGCCGCGACGCGAGAGCUAGAGGAGCGUGGCGGUGGAGGAGACGAGCUGGCCACGCUGCGCCGCGCCAAGGCUGACCUCGAGCGACGCGUGCGCGACCAGGAGGAGGAACUUGACGAACUUGCAGGGCAGAUACAGCUUCUAGAAAGUUCUAAACUUCGACUGGAGAUGUUGCUGGAGCAGCAGCGCAAAGAGGCGAGACUGGAGGCGGUCGCGCGGGACGAAGAGAUGGAGGAGACCCGCGCUAAUGCCUCCAAGAAACUUAAAAUGUUGGAAAGUCAGCUGGAAAGCGAGCACGCAGAGCGGAGUCUACUGCUGCGCGAGCGACACGAGCUGGAGCGCCGCCUGGCCUCUCUGGAGGAGGCCGCGCGCGCUGAGAACCACGAGCAAGCGCAGCUCGUGCAGAGGCUCAAGAGGGAUCUGAAGAGAUAUCGCGCUCUGCUCCGCGACGCUCAAACAAUGUUGGAGCAGAAAGAGAAAGAGGGUGGCGGCAAGGCGCAGAUCAGACAAUUGAAAAAUCAGCUGGAAGAUCUGGAACUAGCGUUACGCGCGGCCAACAAAGCGCGCUCAGCCGCCGAGGCCGAGGCGUCCGAGGCGACGGCCGCGGCGGAGGAGGCAAGCCGCGCCAAGAGCGAGGCGGCCGAGCGCGCGCACGCCGCCUGCAGGGACGCGGCCGCGGCGCGCGCGCAGCUCGACGACGCUGAGGAGGAGGCUGCCGAGUUAUUAAAGAAAUACCGCGCAAGCACAAGCGCGCUGUGUGCGGCGCAGAACGAGGCGCGCGAGGCGGAGUGUCGCGCUGAGGCGGCCGCGGAAGAGGCGAGGCAGGCCAAAGAGCGUCUCGCGGAGCUCAGCGCUCGCCUCGCGCACGCCGAGGCGGGGCACUCGCACGAGCAUCACGAAACGGAGCGACGACUAGAACUGCGCAAUAAGGAAUUAGAAUCAAGCUUAGAACUGGAAGCGACGUCUCGCGCGCGGUUAGAAGGCCAGCUAGCGCGACUGCGCGACGCGCACGAGCAACUCGCCAGCGAGCUCGCCGCUGCCCGCGCCAAGGACCACCAGGCGGCCGAGGAAGUGCGCAAACUCACCAGGCAACUCAGAGAGCUAAAAGAAGAGAACUCUUCGAUAAACGCGAAGCUCAGUGAAGCCACGCGCGCCAAGAGCGCCGCGGAGUCAGCCGCAUCCGCCGCAGCCGCCGAGGCCGCCGCGGCCAGGGACGAGGCGCGGCUGGCCGCGCGCCGCGCCACCGCCUUGCAGGAAGCCAUCGCCGGCGACCUGUCCAGCCCGGGAGACUCUAGAGAUACGGACAGUGAAAACGACAGUUACAGUUCAGACGAAUCUAUAGGAACAUUUUUAGCGAAUCACAAACUUAGCCCCUCUGCGCCGUCGCGGAAUAGCAUGCAGCUGGACUCGCAGAAAUCGCACAGCCCAGAAGGGCGUCAGAGCCGCUCUAGCAUCGGUUCAGGUUCAAAGCCGCUCACUCCAACGAAGGAUUCGUUCGCAUAACAGUCGGUGAGCGCGGGCGGACUGCUCGCCGGCGCGCUGCCGCUGCUCUGCACCGCGCUCUGCACUCGCCAGAGGGCGCCCUCCACGCAUCUCGUUAUAGAGUGAACCGCUGUGUCACAGGGUGCGAUGACACGUCAUCGAGAGAACCACUAUGUAAUAGUGUGUAAUGGCACGUCGUCAAGUGAACCACUAUGUCAUAGGGUGUGGUGGCAUGGCAUCCAGUAAACCACUAUGUCACAGGAUGCAAUGACACGUCAUCGAGUGAACCCACCGUGUACUUGUGUGCAUUAAAGUCUCAUCAAGUGCAAUGACAUAUCUUCGAAGCUAAUGGCCGUGUCAUUGAGCAGAAUAAUAUUUCAUCUGUCAUAGAGUGCUAUUGCACUCUUGCAUGUGUCAUCAAGUGCUAUGAGCUAGGUUGUACCACUGUGUCAUUGCAUGCACCAAAAUAUAUUCUAGUGCACCACUGUUUAUCAUUGUAUACGCCAAUGGUUCAUGCACAGAUGGGUCAUAAAUGCUUGUGGAAUAGCUCGAAAGGCAAUUCAUUAUUUGCUUAAGCUCUUAGGAUUUAUGCUUUCGGUGGCGAGUGACGUGCAAGUAAAAGUGCUAGAUGGACAAGUUAUUUGAUGUGAAUUUAAAUAAAUAAAUUAGAAACUGACAAAAUAAUAAUAUGACGACUAAUAUUAAUAAAUGAUUUUAUUAUUUUAUUUAUUGUUGACUUAACAUAAAUCAUAAAUCAUUCUGUUGAUCUUAUAUUGAUAGGUAUCAUUGAUAGUGUUAUGGUAACACAAAGUAUUAUGGACUGUCGAGUUUUGAAAAUCAAGACUGAACCCACUCAAGUGCCAAUGAUCAAUUAAAACUGUCAAUAUAAUAUUAGCAGUACAUACUAUGAUGUUACUUUUGUUUUGAAAUGGUUAGAAAUUUUGGCCCCAGCAUAAUCUAAACAUUAAUACAUCUUUGAAGAAUAUAAUCUAUGGUAGAUGUUUUGUCUAAUGUAGAAUGAAUGCUUUAACAGUACUGAGUAUUAAAUAAUUAUUAUAGACUAAUGAAUUAUUAUGAGAGUGAUUUGUACACACACAAACUAAACUUUUCAAUUUAUACCCUCUUGAUACUUCCAUAGUAGUGGAAAUUAUACAUAACAAUGAAAUAUUGCAUUUUGGUAUAAAAUUAAAUCUUCCUAAGGCUUAGUAUUAAAAAAGUAUUGGCUCUAAAUUUCCUGCUCAAUAUUUUGACAUAUUGUAUACAAAAUUGAUUUUUGCGAUGCUGUUUUAUAUAUAUUUUAUCAUAAUUAGAAAAUCGUUAUUUUAAUAUGCUGAAAAUGUAACAUAUGAUAUUGUGAUCUUACAUUGACUUCUGUAUGUUUGCUAACAAUGACUCAAUAGUGUUUGCCAAGUCAUGCCAAGUUUUUUUUUGAAAAAUGUAUGCAUUCCAGAAAAUAAUAUCUCAUAGUUAUUGUCUUGGCUUAGCAUGUUUUUCUCGUGUUCAUAAAGCCAGCAACACACUCAUAACAUGUCACGCGACUCUUAGUGUUUUCAAUGAACAUAAAAUACUACUACCGCGGGUGUCGUUUUCUGAUUUGACUUACCACACGUAGCGUGGCGUGUUCAAGUGUGCUUGGCGCUAAACACUGGCAUAUUACAUGGCUUGACGUAAUUUAUUUAUAUUAGAUUUUGUAGGGAAUUAAUUUCGAGAGUUAGGAGUAACCGUGCUGUGUUUCGACCAGCCAGUCAGUAUUUAGAUAAAAUAAGGAAAGGACACACAGUAUGUUAGGUUGAUUGUUAUUUAGUUAGUUAACUUGUAAAUAACUAGAUUGCAUAUACAUUUUUAUUAUUUAAUUUGUAAUAUUUGUGUGAUCAGACUGUUAUUCUAUGAUUUAUUUGUUACAAAUGAGUUGUUGCUUUAUAGUAGAACAAACAUAUCCGUUAGGUAGAUUUUUAUCACUCCAAACAGUUUUUAUUGUAAUUUUAAGGUGGAAUCAUACUUUUGAAAUGUGACACUGAUCUCCCAUUGUGUCGGGUGUUUGUAGAAAAUUUGAUGAUUUGCCUUGACUCGCGUGUUAUCAAGUAGUUUAGCGUUACAAAAGUAUGCAUCUACCCUUAAUGCAUUAGCGAAUAUAUAUUCGUAAUUAUAUUAACAUAAUAAUUUGAAUAUAUAUCUUAGUCACUUCUAAAAUUUUAACCCUAUUUAUACCCUUUUAGAUUUGUGUCUGUAACCGCAAUUAUAAAAUUGUCUAUAAUAUUCUGUGUAAUGUAUGAUAUAUUAUGUGAUGAAAUGUUACUGCAUUCGAUAUCGGUUGUAAAAUGAAUUAAAUAUUUAAUAAAGUAACUUAAACUUA